UUUCAUCUGUCCAGCCGCCCCGGGGCCUGGGGCAGGCAUGGGCCACCCUGGGGGUGGCCCCCCGAGGCUGGCUGUGUGGAGAGUGCGGCGCCUCUGUGGACACGGGGGCUCUGGCCCAGCCCCGGCCGGAUACUUUGUUUCCCCUCCACCCCUUCCUUACAUUUUCUUCCUGAAAGGGGUCCUUGAUGAAUUCUGUCAUGGUUAUUUAAGGAACCUUGCCUAGAAGUCCCAACACGCAGUUCCCCAUCAACGGGAAGGCUUGGACUUCAAGAUGAUCAUAAAGGAAUAUCGGAUUCCUCUGCCGAUGACUGUGGAGGAGUACCGCAUUGCCCAGCUGUACAUGAUCCAGAAGAAGAGCCGGAACGAGACGUGUGGCGAAGGCAGUGGUGUGGAGAUUUUGGAGAACCGACCGUACACGGAUGGACCUGGUGGCUCUGGGCAGUACACUCACAAGGUGUACCACGUGGGCAUGCACAUCCCCAGCUGGUUCCGGUCCAUCCUGCCCAAGGCAGCCCUGCGGGUGGUGGAGGAGUCCUGGAAUGCCUACCCCUACACCCGAACCAGGUUCACUUGCCCUUUCGUGGAGAAAUUCUCCAUCGACAUCGAAACCUUUUAUAAAACUGAUGCUGGAGAAAACCCCAACGUGUUCAGCCUGUCUCCGGUUGAAAAGAACCAGAUGACAAUCGACCUCAUCGACAUAGUCAAGGACCCUGUGCCCCCCAAUGAGUAUAAGACAGAAGAGGAUCCCAAGCUGUUCCACUCAACCAAGACGCAGCGGGGGCCCCUGUCUGACAACUGGAUCGAAGAACACAAACAGCAGGCUUUCCCCAUCAUGUGCGCCUACAAGCUCUGCAAGGUGGAGUUCCGCUACUGGGGCAUGCAGUCCAAGAUCGAGAGGUUCAUCCACGACACGGGCCUCCGGAAGGUGAUGGUGAGGGCCCAUCGGCAGGCCUGGUGCUGGCAGGAUGAGUGGUUUGGGCUGAGCAUGGAGAACAUCCGGGAGCUGGAGAAGGAGGCACAGCUCAUGCUGUCCCGCAAGAUGGCCCAGUUCAGCGAAGAUGACGACGAGGCCUCAGAGCUGGACAAGGGCAAAGCCACCCAGGACCAGGCCCCCGGCGAGCCCCCCCAGCCCAGCAGCAGCGGCGGGGAGCCCCUGACUGGCCGGGGCCUGAAGAAGCAGUGGUCCACGUCCUCCAAGUCUUCACGGUCAUCCAAGCGGGGAGCAAGUCCCUCCCGCCACAGCAUCUCCGAGUGGAGGAUGCAGAGUAUCGCCCGGGACUCAGAUGAGAGCUCGGAUGAUGAGUUCUUCGAUGCUCACGAGGACCUGUCCGAUUCAGAGGAACCCUUCCCUGAGGACAUCACCAAGUGGAACUCCAAUGACCUCAUGGACAAAAUUGAAAGCCCUGAGCCAGAGGACACACAGGACAGUCUGUACCGCCAGAGCACCUCCGAGUUCAGGGUAGCCUCCAGUGUGGAGCAGCUGAACAUCAUUGAGGACGAGGUCAGCCCCCCGCUGGCCGGGUCACCCACCAAGAUCCACGUACUGCUGUUGGUGCUUCACGGAGGCACUGUCCUGGACGCGGGUACUGGGGACCCCAGCUCCAAGCAGGGCGACGCCAACACCAUUGCCACCGUGUUCGACACUGUCAUGCGCGUGCACUACCCCAGCGCCUUGGGCCGCCUCGCCAUCCGCCUGGUGCCGUGCCCGCCUGUCUGCUCUGACGCCUUCGCCCUCAUCUCCAACCUCAGCCCCUACAGCCAUGACGAAGGCUGUCUGUCCAGCAGCCAGGACCACAUUCCCCUGGCCGCCCUGCCCCUGCUGGCCACCUCCUCCCCCCAGUACCAGGAGGCGGUUGCCACGGUGAUUCAGCGGGCCAACCUUGCCUAUGGGGACUUCAUCAAGUCCCAGGAAGGCAUGACCUUCAAUGGGCAGAUCUGCCUAAUCGGGGACUGCGUCGGGGGUAUCCUGGCAUUUGAUGCCUUAUGCUACAGCAACCAGCCUGUGUCUGAGAGUCAGAGCAGCAGCCGCCGGGGCAGCGUGGCCAGCGUGCAGGACACUGACCUGCUGUCCCCUGGCGUCCUGGCCAAUGCGGGGCAUGGCAACAGUGGCAGUGGUGGCAGCUUGGAGAGCAGUCGGCACCUGAGCCGCAGCAACAUUGACAUCCCCCGAAGCAAUGGCACUGAGGACCCCAAAAAGCAGCUCCCCCGCAAGAGGAGCGACUCAUCCACCUAUGAGAUGGAUACCAUCCAGCAGCACCAGGCCUUCCUGUCUAGCCUUCAUGCCAGCGUGCUGAAGAAUGAGCCUAGUCCCCGCCGCUCAAGCAGCUCCACCAUGCUGGAUGGCACAGGGGCCCUGGGCAAGUUUGACUUUGAGAUCGCUGACCUCUUCCUCUUUGGGUGCCCGCUGGGGCUGGUCCUGGCCUUGAGGAAGACUGUCAUCCCCACCCUGGAUGCUCCAGGUUCUGCAGCAGCCCCUCGCCCCGCAGUUUUCCAGCUGCGGCCUGCCUGCCAGCAAGUCUACAACCUCUUCCACCCUGCGGACCCAUCGGCAUCACGCCUGGAGCCACUGCUGGAGCGGCGAUUCCACACCCUGCCGCCUUUCAGCAUCCCGCGCUACCAGCGCUACCCGCUGGGGGACGGCUGCUCUACGCUGCUGGUUGAGACCGUGCAGAGAAACCCCGAGCUGGUCCUGGAGGGUGGCCCCCUGGCCCCUCUCCCGCCCGGGGAUGGCUUCCUGGAAACCAGUAUCUUGGUGCCCGCGCUCACCUGGCAAGAUGGGCCUCGCCCGAGCCCAGGCCGUGCUGAGUCUGAUGCACUCCAGACCCACAACACAGUCUUUCAAGAGCACGCAGCCCCCUCCUCGCCCAGCACAGCCCCGACCACCCGAGGUUUCCGCCGAGCCAGUGAGAUCAGCAUCGCCAGCCAGGUGUCGGGCAUGGCUGAGAGCUACACAGCAUCCGGCAUUGCCCAAAAGGACCCAGUGUCGCUCAGCUACACCCCCAGCAUCAGGCGCCUGUCCCUGCUCGCCCUGCCCUCCCCACCCCCCACCACCCUGGGCCCCUGCUCACAGGCCAGGCGGGUGAGCCCCAGCCUGGAGAGGGCCCCCCACCUCCCCGACUUGGACAUCCGAGAAGUUGCUGCAAAGUGGUGGGGCCAGAAGCGGAUUGACUACGCCCUGUACUGCCCUGAUGCCCUGACAGCCUUCCCCACCGUGGCCCUGCCCCACCUCUUCCAUGCCAGCUACUGGGAGUCAACAGAUGUGGUCUCCUUCCUGCUGAGACAGGAGGCCCCAUGGCCUGCUUGUGUCCCCCUCCAGGUCAUGAGGCAUGACAAUUCCAGCAUCUUAGAGCUGGACGGUAAGGAGGUCUCGGUGUUCACCCCUUCCAAGCCAAGAGAGAAGUGGCAGCGCAGAAGGACCCAUGUGAAGCUGCGGAAUGUGACGGCCAACCACCGCAUCAAUGACUCAGUUGCCAAUGAGGAUGGCCCACAGGUUCUAACAGGCCGGUUCAUGUACGGGCCCCUGGACAUGGUCACCCUGACUGGGGAGAAGGUGGAUGUGCACAUCAUGGCGCAGCCGCCCUCGGGGGAGUGGCUGCACCUGGACACACUGGUGACCAACAGCAGUGGGCGUGUCUCCUACACCAUCCCUGAGACUCACCGCCUGGGCGUGGGUGUCUACCCCGUCAAGAUGGUAGUCAGGGGAGACCACACAUUUGCUGACAGCUACAUCACCGUGCUGCCCAAGGGCACGGAGUUUGUGGUCUUCAGUAUCGAUGGCUCCUUUGCUGCCAGCGUGUCCAUCAUGGGCAGUGACCCCAAAGUGCGGGCUGGGGCCGUGGAUGUGGUGCGGCACUGGCAGGACCUGGGCUACCUCAUCAUCUAUGUGACGGGCCGGCCUGACAUGCAGAAGCAGCGGGUGGUGGCAUGGCUGGCCCAGCACAACUUCCCCCAUGGCGUGGUGUCCUUCUGUGAUGGCCUGGUGCACGACCCGCUCCGGCACAAAGCCAACUUCCUGAAGCUACUCAUCUCUGAGCUGCACUUGCGCGUGCACGCAGCCUAUGGCUCCACCAAGGACGUGGCGGUCUACAGCUCCAUCAGUCUGUCCCCCAUGCAGAUCUACAUUGUGGGCCGGCCCACCAAGAAACUGCAGCAGCAGUGUCAGUUCAUCACGGACGGCUAUGCGGCCCACCUGGCCCAGCUCAAGUAUAACCACCGGGCACGGCCAGCCCGCAACACGGCCACACGCAUGGCACUGCGAAAAGGCAGCUUUGGCCUGCCUGGCCAGGGCGACUUCCUGCGCUCCCGGAACCACCUGCUCCGCACCAUCUCGGCCCAGCCCAGCGGGCCCAGCCACCGGCAUGAGCGGGCGCAGAGCCAAGCAGAUGGCGAGCAGUGGGGACAACGCAGCAUGAGCAUGGCAGCCAGCUGCUGGGGCCGUACCACAGCCGGCCGGCUUGAGCCGGGGGCAGCCACAGGUCCUAAGUAGGGCACUGUUAGUGAGCCGCUGUGGUCUCCAUGGUGCUAGGCCAGGAUGGCCAGCCCCGCCAGGAGGCCUGGCCUGGGCACACACAGUCAGCUGGGAGUGAACUUGUCCUAGGGCCCAACAGAGGACACUGGGCCAUGCCACACAGCCCUCCAAGCCCUGCCUCAUGUCUUAGGGUCCGAGGGGUUCCAGCUUGUCAUGUGCUGGGAUGACGGAGGGACCAGGACUCUGCAUGUGGACUGGCCGAGAAGGCACUCCAGACAUCCGCCCUACAUUGACUGCCCAGCAUCCUGAUGCUAGGCCUGGCUCCAGGCCCACCUCCAAUCCACUAACUCACCCUGACUCCCAGUCCCCUCCCCUUUGGUAGCAGCUCCAACGGAGGGACAGCCUGCUUUUUGUUAACUCGAGUUACUCAACUGUUUAGCCUCACUGGUUUUUGCACUGAUUUUUGAGAGUGGAGACCCAUUCCCAUCUCCUGUGGCUAGAGACUCGAUGGCAUGCAUGACAGUUCAUUUGGCUGAUCCAGGACCUGUUGCCACAUAUAAGGCUCCAGGGCGGCAAACCUUUGUGUGGGCAGGAAAGGCCUAUCUUGAUUUCUGCAGCUCUGCCUGGCCUGACAGUGCUGCGGCAGCCUCGGACCCCUGCCCACCGGGCCACCCAACCCUCCUGGAUCCCAGUAGGGCCUUGGGCCUGGUGUCACCUCUGGCACUGGACACAGCCUAGAUGACAAGGCUGAUGAAGGCCAGAGCUGUCUCCCGAGAAGCCCUGCCUCUGGCCUGGAAAAGCCUGGCCUCCUCUUCUGCUCCUCGCCUGCCACCAGUCAAGGCCCCAUGCCUCGGCCUUCCCAUGUUUCUACACCUUUCUACUUCUCCAGUCUGAUUUCUAUGAGGUUUUUUUAAUGAGCAAUCCUUGGCUGCUUCCUUUUCUUAACUCUUUCAGUAUGAAGUGCAGCCCCUCCACAUGAAAACACCCAGCACUGUGAUGGAGUCCAGCCUGGUUCUGGGUCCCGGAGCCAUGCCCCCUGCCUCACCUGAUCCCUGUUAAUUCCACUGAAUUUCUACUCUGGGGUGAGUGGGGUGCACAUUUAGGUUUUUUUAAUGCCAGUUCCGUUUAGAUGCUGAAUCCAAGAAGCCACAACUCCCUUCCUUAGCGUGUGGGCAGGCAGCCAUGACUUCAUUUCCCACCUGGUAAGGACCGUGCUGUCCUGCAUGCUGGGUCUGAGCAUCAGCCCUCCCUCCCCAGAACUGACCGUGGUCUCAGCUGUGGCACUCAGCUCCAGGCCAGCCCCUCUGCUGCUCUUCUACCCUCUCCAAGACUGGGGAGCCUCUCUAGCCUCAGCCAACUGUCCAGCAACCAGGCUCUGCCUCUGAGAAGCUGCUGCCAACCUGGAUAUGGCCUCAGGGCCUUAUGGGCUGGGAUAGGGAGGCACACAGGUUGAUGUUAACAUUUUCCCAUGUGUAGAUAUGUACAGCCAAAGGGUCGUGUAAAUGUUCUGCAAACAUGGGUCUAUACAGACUGAAAGCUAUUUAUUUUGUGCAGAGAAAAAAUGUCUGGAGGGAUAGGACCUUCAGGGUUUAUUCAUAUUUAAGAUGUAGCUUUUUGUUAUGUAUAAAGCAAUGAUUAUUUUAUGGACCAAGUUUUAAUGUAACUGUUGCAGUGAAAGUGCAAUAUCUGACCCCCUCUGCUCCCCAGCGGGAAGUUGCUCGGCCUGACAAUCACAGCCCCAGUGAGGGGCCCGUGGCCAGUGCCUCCUUCUCUAUUGGUCCCAUCUCACCCUGUCUUGCCUACCACCUCGGUGACCAGCCAUCCAGAGAAGCACCUGGAAGAGUCUUGGACCUGCCUGCAAUAAAGCCCGGGAGGCCUCCUGGCUCGGGAAGGCCGCGAGGGCAGUGGGCUCGGCCUCUCUCAGCGGGUGGCUCCCCAACGGCUCUGUGCUCCCCACCUGCCUGCCCAGCCGCCAGCCAUGCCAAGGACAACAGCAAUAGUCCCCUGGGCCUCUCCCAGUGGCCCUCAGCCAUAGAUGGUGAGACGGGCAACCCACCCACCCACCCACUGACGUCUCUUCCAUAUCCAGGUCUGCUUCCUGCCUCCUCUAAGAUUCUUUUUGGCACAUUCUCCUCUUAAGGAAGCACCAGUUUUCAUAAACUAAGAAAGGGAGGGAGGACAGAGUCCUUUAAAAAUACCAAAAAUGUUUACAGUGUUGGGUGCUGAGCUACAGGGCUCAGGCCUGACCAGUCUUUAACCAAAGGGUGAGGCAGGCCUUGCUGACUGCCACCCCAACCCAGGCCUGUUAGAGUAGAAGCCUUAGUCCCACUCCCACCCCCACACCCCAGGCGUGAGCCUCAGCCCACCACCUCCAGAUCCAACUACCUGCCUUCUCUUUGAUUUCUAAUGAGGGAUUUAGCAGAAACCCCAUUCCCCUUUCCCAGCUCAGUCUGAGCUGCCUGCCUGCUCAUCAACCAUAUCACAGUCUUCACGUCUCCACGCCCUCCUGUCCGUCUGUCUGGGCCACAUGUGAGCACUGUCCUGACUCGCCCUGCCCCCUCUUGCUGUCCCUGCACCAUUGGGCCUGAGUGUGCUCUGUAUACAGUGUCAUUGUCUGUUACACCAAUUAAAGAAGCAGGAAGGCUUC